AAUCUGGCGGGACUGCCGGUUGUUACCAUAGAAACCCUGAAGCAACUUCGUCUCGUGUUCUCCUUAAGGCGUCCACAUUUUUCUGUAAAUUUGCAAGUCUUUUAUAAAUAACAUAAAAUGAAGAUUGAAGAAGUUAGAAGCACGGUCAAAACUCAAAGAAUUUCGGCUCAUAGCCACGUGAAGGGUCUCGGUUUGGAUGAAUCCGGUAAUGCCAUAAACAUCGCUGCCGGCCUUGUUGGCCAAACGCAAGCCAGAGAGGCAGCUGGUUUGGUGGUGGAUUUGAUCAGGUCUAAACGUAUGGCUGGAAGGGCUGUGUUGUUUGCCGGGCCACCAGGAACUGGCAAAACUGCCCUCGCCAUGGCUAUUGCUCAAGAUUUAGGCAACAAGGUUCCUUUUUGUCCUAUGGUGGGCUCAGAAGUCUUCAGCACGGAAAUCAAGAAAACUGAAGUUUUAAUGGAAAACUUUCGUAGAGCUAUUGGCCUUCGUAUCAAGGAAACGAAAGAAGUUUAUGAAGGAGAAGUCAUUGAACUUACCCCAGUUGAAACUGAGAAUCCUAUGGGAGGAUAUGGCAAAACUGUCAGUCAUGUAAUCAUUGGACUGAAGACGGCUAAAGGAACAAAGCAGCUCAAGUUGGAUCCUUCCAUCUACGAAUCUCUCCAGAAGGAACGUGUUGAAAUUGGUGACGUCAUUUACAUUGAAGCCAAUAGCGGAGCGGUUAAACGUCAAGGCCGAUCCGAUACGUUUGCCACCGAGUUCGAUCUCGAAGCCGAAGAAUAUGUCCCUCUUCCUAAAGGCGAUGUUCACAAAAAGAAAGAAAUUGUCCAGGACGUCACCCUACACGAUUUGGACGUGGCCAAUGCCCGUCCACAGGGAGGCCAAGACAUUCUUUCCAUGAUGGGACAGCUAAUGAAGCCGAAAAAAACCGAAAUCACAGACAAGCUGAGGAGAGAAAUCAACAAAGUAGUCAACAAGUACAUUGACCAGGGAAUUGCAGAGCUUGUACCCGGCGUGUUAUUCAUCGACGAAGUUCACAUGCUGGAUAUGGAAUGCUUUACCUAUCUCCAAAAAGCGCUGGAAUCGGCUAUCGCCCCCAUCGUUAUCUUUGCCACUAAUCGAGGCAUGUGCACAGUCAGGGGUACCGAUGAUAUUGUGGCUCCACAUGGUAUUCCUCUUGAUCUACUCGACAGACUUCUCAUUCUUCGGACGAUGAAGUACACCGCCGAAGAGAUGGUACAAAUUAUCCGCAUUCGUGCCAAAACAGAAGGUUUGAGCAUUGAAGACGAUGCCCUCCAAGCUCUUGGUGAACUUGGCAAUCGAACUACUCUGAGGUAUGCGGUUCAGUUACUCACACCCGGCGCCUUGACAGCCAAAGUUAACGGUCGCUCUUCCAUCACCAAUGAAGAUAUAAAAGAAGUCGGAGGUCUGUUUCUCGAUGCCAAAUCAUCAGCCAAGAUCCUGACACAAGACAAAGACAAGUACAUGAAAUGAAGAAUCGAGUCAAAUUUGCUGGUCUGUGUGUUUCUUUCCAUUUUUCCUAAUAAAAUUAUCCUCCACGAAUAACCAA